GGACAGGGGUCACUGCUGGCAGGGCAGAGGACAGGGGUCACUGCUGGCAGGGUAGAGGACAGGGGUCACUGCUGGCAGGGCAGAGGACAGGGGUCACUGCUGGCAGGACAGAGGACAGGGGUCACUGCUGCCAGGGCAGAGGACAGGGGUCACUGCUGGCAGGGCAGAGGACAGGGGUCACUGCUGGCAGGACAGAGGACAGGGGUCACUGCUGGCAGGGCAGAGGACAGGGGUCACUGCUGGCAAGGCAGAGGACAGGGGUCACUGCUGGCAGGGCAGAGGACAGGGGUCACUGCUGGCAGGUCAGAUGACAGGGGUCACUGCAGGCAGGUCAGAGGACAGAGGUCACUGCUGGCAGGUCAGGGGACAGAGGUCACUACUGCAGGUCAGAGGACAGGAGUCACUGCUAGCAAGGAAGAGGACAUAAGUCACCGCUGGUAGGUCAGAUGACAGGGGUCACUGCAGGCAGGUCAGAGGACAGAGGUCACUGCUGGCAGAUCAGAGGACAGGAGUCACUGCUAGCAGGGCA